AGUUUAUCACAAGUAUAUUCUGCUGUAGACCCUGUACAGUAGAUUGGCGUUCGAAGUUGCUCGGACGGCUUCAACGUAGUACCUGUCCAUGAUUCAAGGUACACGGGCCUGCAUCCCGAGCAGGUACAGUAGUUGGACGAGUCAUGAUGAAAUGGCGUGGCUGAAACGCAGGUUGACCGAAUCGGCGAUCGCGUCUCGGCUGGAUCGACCCAGACUGUGAAGCUGCAAACCCGAUCACCAGAGUUUUGGGCUCUCGUCGUCAUCAACUUCCAGCGUGUCAAUCCAAUGACACUUCGAGUCUCUGACUGGCAGCAGCAGACGCUCAUUCCACUCUUUUAACGCCGCGAUCGUCCCAAUGGGAGCGUAAGGCUUGCUUUUUCCUGGUGUUGAUUUGUUUUUUCCCCCCUACGUGGACGAGGACCGCACUCACAGCUGGCACGUUGCCCCUCUCCAGCUCUCGCUUCUUUUUCUUUUUUUGUUGCCGAUCUCGAUCACAUUCUUUCCUGGGGUUUUGCCCAUCAUUUCUUGUCAUAAACUUCUUCAUCUGCUCUCGCGGCAUUCUUCUUGCCCUGGGCGAUCGACCUCUCCUGCGGCUCGGCAACCCUGAGUCUGCUUCUGUUUUGAACCCAAACUAUCUCUAGACUCGAAUAGUGCUCGACAUAUCGAGCAAACAAGAGUCAUCAUGGCGGACAACGACAACCCCCAAGAUGCAUCCAAUUCCGCGUCCAGUCUCGUCGUCACGUUAAUUCCUGCUUUGGCGGUCGCAGUCGCCAUGGUUGCGCUUUUCGUGAUUCUGCGACGCAGCGAGCGCCGAAUGUAUAUGCCACGAACUUACCUCGGAGUCUUGCGAGAAUCGGAGCGCACGCCUCCUUCGUCAACAGGCCUUGUUAACUGGCUUCGGGAUAUGUACAAGCUGCCCGACGAAUAUGUCUUGCUACACCACUCCAUGGACGCCUACCUUUUGCUCCGCUUCCUCAAGAUUGUUACCGUGAUCUGUUUCGUGGGCUGCUUGAUCACCUGGCCUGUCCUUUUCCCCUUGAACGCAACGGGAGGUAAUGGAAUGAAGCAAUUGGACAUUCUGAGUUUCUCCAACGUGUCUGACCAGAAUUAUGCCUAUUUAUUCGGACACGCGCUUAUCGCGUGGAUCUUCGUCGGGUUUGUUUUCUUCACUGUCACCCGCGAAAGUCUUUUCUACAUCAACCUGCGCCAGGCUUACUCCCUCUCUCGCGCAUAUGCGAGCCGUCUUUCAUCCCGCACCGUGCUCUUCACCUCCGUUCCUCAAGAUUACCUGAGCCGCGAGAAGAUUACGCGCAUGUUCGGCGCAAACAAAGUGAAGAACGUGUGGCUCACGACAGACACGGCCGAGUUGUCAGAUAUGGUUGACGAGCGCGAGAAGGCCGCUAUGAAGCUAGAGGCAGCCGAAACGAAGCUGAUUCGGAAGGCCAAUGGUGCGCGUCUCAAGAAGAUUAAGAAGGGAGGGAAUGCCGAGGAUCCUGCUGUCUCUGAAAACACCACCGAAGACGAUGGCGAGUCUGGCUCUGUUGCAGCCCGGUGGGUCAAACCGACCGACCGCCCUACGCAUCGCCUCAAGCCGGUUAUCGGAAAGAAGGUCGAUACCAUCAACUGGGCCAGGUCAGAAAUCGAGCGUCUUAACCCCGAGAUCGAGAAGCUCCAAGGCAGCCACAGGGCAGGCGAGGUGGAUCUCGUGUCCUCAGUCUUUGUCGAAUUUUAUGAGCAGGCAGAUGCACAGGCCGCCUACCAAUCAGUUGCACACAACCUUCCUCUGCAUAUGGCACCACGGUACAUUGGUCUUGAGCCGACUCAAAUUAUCUGGUCCAACUUGCGAAUCAAGUGGUGGGAGCGCAUCGUUCGCUAUGCAGCAUCGAUUGCUUUCGUCUGCGCGCUGGUUAUUUUCUGGGCGAUCCCAACAGCCUUUGUCGGUUCUCUUUCCAACAUCAACAACUUGACUGACAUGGUUCCUUUCCUGAGGUUCAUCGAUGAUGUGCCCAGUUGGAUCAAGGGAGCGAUUACUGGUCUCCUUCCCACCAUUCUCAUGGCCGUGCUAAUGGCUCUAUUGCCUAUUGUCCUUCGAUUGAUGGCAAAGAUUGGCGGAGCUCCUAGCUUGGCGGCCGUGGAACUGACGACCCAGAACUUCUAUUUCCUCUUCCAGGUGGUCCAGGUCUUCCUGGUUGUUACACUCGCUUCCUCAGCCACGAGCGUCGUGACCAAAAUCAUUGACGAUCCUACAAGCGCUGCAUCUCUGCUCGCCAACAAGCUGCCUACUGCCUCGAACUUCUACAUUUCGUAUAUUGUUCUACAGGGAUUGUCAUUCAGCUCCGGUGCCCUCCUGCAGAUAGUUGGCUUGAUUCUAGGAAAGGUGCUUGGUCGCAUCCUGGACAACACUCCUCGGAAGAUGUACAGCCGCUGGUCAAACCUUUCUGGUCUGGGCUGGGGAACAGUAUACCCCAUCUUCACUCUCUUGGCUGUCAUUGCCAUCACCUAUUCGUGCAUUGCGCCUCUGGUACUGGGAUUUGCGUCCAUUGGCUUGUACCUCUUCUACUUUGCCUACCGCUACAACCUGCUCUACGUCUCCAACGCCAACAUCGACACCCAGGGCAAGAACUUUGCCCGAGGCCUCCAACACAUCACCGUGGGCUGCUACCUACUCGUAGGCUGCUUGAUUGGUCUGUUUGCGAUAGCAACCGGCGCUGCCCGCAUCGCCCUGGGGCCUCUCGUCCUCAUGAUCAUUCUCCUCAUCUUCAUGAUCAUCUACCAUGUCUCUCUUAACCAGGCCCUCGACCCUCUCAUCAACUACCUCCCCAAGAACCUCGAGGCCGAAGAGGAGGCUCUCCUCUCCCGCGAAGCAACCUUCGCCUCCACCGCCAACGGCGACGAGCACGACGGCAUCGCAGCAACAAGCUCCGCCGCCAACGGCCACGACAACGGCCGCGGCACGAGCGUCGGCAACGUGGACUCCGCCGAGAAGGGUCUGACACAGACGGCCCCAGUCCAGCCCAAGGUCAACUUUUUCGCCAAGUAUCUCCGCCCCGACAAGUACGCCAGCUACGAGCAGCUCCGUCGCUGGGUGCCUAGCGGGGCCGAGGCCACGACCUAUGCGCCCGAAGUCGAGGAAAACGCAUACUACCACCCGUGCAUCAGCGCACAGCCUCCGCUCCUCUGGAUCCCGCGCGACGAAAUGGGCAUCAGUAGGCAGGAAGUCCGGCACACGGGCCGUGUCAUCCCCAUCACAGACGAGGACGCCUGGCUCGACGAGAAGAACCAUAUCGUCUGGAACGUCGACAAGGGCGUCCCGCCGAUUUUCGAGGAGAAGGUCUACUACUAGAUCAGCCAUCCGCGCUAAAUCAUUUCAUUCCGUUGAAGACCGUCUAUUGAAGCGCGAUCGGCUGGCUCAGUGCAGUUGGAUCCCCAUGAACUGUUUAUAACACGCAAGACGAGAUGUUUCUCUUUCUAGCACUUUCUGUUUCACUACUAUUUCUCUUUUCCUUCCGAGCUUUGCUUUUCAUGCUAUAUUCGAUACCUUGAUACCCGGGAAUCAGUGAUGGUUGAUGUAUACAUACCCCCAUGUCAUCUGCCAUCUACGAUGGGAUAUGCGAUUGCAUUUUAGUUGGUGGGAUAGGAUAUACUGCCUUUAUAUCUUGAUUGGAGAUCUAGUAAUAAAUAAUAAUACCAAACAUGCCAAACCGAGCUUGCGAAACUUCCAAGUUGUUUCUGAGUGACAGUAGAGGAAAACACAGACUCAUGUUGAUGUGACGCUGGAAAAGGGUUAAUCUGAGUUCCGAAAUAGUUUGCAUAGGCCACGCCUGAUCUGAGUACAAUAGAUAAUAAAUAGGUAAGCUAUAUAUGCCCGCGAUAAUGCAUCCGCCGAAUCAGCCACAGCAAUGGGUAUCUUUUCCUUUCCUCAGUCCUUUCACCACACAUCCUUUCUACACUACCCCGAGAACCUGCACAUGGCAGUCCACAUUUCUACUUCAGGCUUCCUCCUCUACCCGAGAGGCAGGUUUCACUUCCCUCUCAAAGGCAUCCACGCUCUUCAUCGGACUCAUCAGCAUGAGGAAACUGAGUAGAGUCUCGUUAUACUGGAACUGGAGGUCCGGACGCAGCUGUUUAUGGAUUUUGAGUAGCUCCCCCGUUGACCAACCCCGUUCGGAGUCCUUCAGGUCUUUAUCGCAAUUUUCCUCAAGCAGGAGCCAGAUGAAAGUCUCGCAGGCUGGACGCCGAUCCAGUUCGUGCUUCUUCACGGUAUGUAGGAGGUGGUUGAGGAAGCGGCCGGUUUGGCCGGAGGAGUCUUGGUAGUCCCACAGUGCAGCUGUGAUGUAGAUGAGGGCUGCGGUGCGGGUCAGUUCCUGCGUGGGGACAUUGCGCACGACGUAGAUACGGGAAUCGUGGGGUACGCGGGAGGGGUGAGGCCCGCUGGAGAGGAGGGAGAAGAGGGGGCCUCCGAUCUGGAAGGCGCUGCGGCGCUGUGGGACGUUGCUGAAGUAUUCCUCCGUGUUGUGAGAUUUCAUGAGGCCUUCUGCUGCGCGGAGGAAUGUGACAAGCCAUUCUUGGCCGUCUUGCCAGCCGAUAGGGGUUGCGGGGGGAGGAGGCACCAUUACGUAGCGGACGUAGUGGAGAAAGACUUCGGCGAGGCCGUUGGAGCGUGGGCGUGUGCGCAGGAUUUGCACGGCGCGGUCUUCAUAUUUCAUUGCCUGCUCCUUCGAG